UAAACUUGGAUUGACAGUUAGAAUCGACUAGAUAUUGUAGUUCCAUUGUUUUUAAUCUUUCUUUCCUUUAAAUUUAUUUUCGUUAAAUCUCGUCUUUCUAUUAAUUAAAAUAUAUCAAAAUCAAAAUGGUUGUUGCAAUUAAAAAUGUACGCUUAUUCGAUGGUCGCAUUAAAGCACUUAAUUCAAAUGGAACUGCUGAAAUUGUGUUCUCCUAUAAUGGCAAACUGCAAAUAGCAGCUCUUGAUAAACAUACAUUUUUUUAUAAUGCUCGAGAAAUACCAAAACAAGAACGUUUAAGUAAAUACGUUUCUGUCAACACAGAGGUAUUUUUUAUUGGUAAUUAUAUAAAAACAGAUGCAAUACGUGAACAAUGGUUAACACUCAUGUGUUGGCCAAAGGAACAUAGCCUUGGAGAUAAAAUUGUUAUAAAAGGAGGAAUGGUUAACAUUCCAGGACGUAUAAUCAAUUUAGAUGAUAAAGAAGGAUUUUUGAACCCAAUUGAAUGUGACGAUCAACCAUUGAAAGUAUUUUUCACGUUAAACGAAUCCUAUUUCCAUGGUACAAAGUUAUCCACUCAACCAGAAUUAUUAGCUAAGUUAAACACAAAUACUAUCUUAUACUUUGAUGCUUUACCUUGUUUACCCAAAGAAAAUAAAUAUAAUUGCGAAUGGCGUGCUACUUGUGUAUACGUUGGAAAAAGACCGUCCCUUGACAAUGCUGUGGUGGAAUCGUCUAAUGAAGCUACUAAACAAAUUCUGCUAGAUAUUCAAAAAUGUUUCAUUUUCCCAUUAAGUAUGUUCAUAGUUGGCAAAGGACAAUUUGUAGUGAGCAUUGACGAUAACUUUGGCUUGAUAUUAGCUCAAUUUCAAGAUAAUGUUUACAAGGAAAUAUUAUUUCAUAAAAAGAAUGCUUACGUUUUUAAUAUGUGCUUAGAAAAUGAAAAACUAUCCAACAUUUUUAAAAAAGGAGAUAAAUUGCAUUUUAUCGCAGUUGAAGCUAAAAAAUUUGUGGGACUUAUAAAAUGGUUUGCUAUACAAGUGUCUGUUUGUGACUAUGGAGAAUAAAUUCAUUUCAACUACAUCAAUUAUUAGAAGAAAUAGGUUUGUAAUAAUAUUGCCAAAGAUGCAAAUUAUUUUAAGACUUACUAUAUAAUUUAUUUAUUUAUAUAUAUAUAUAAUAUUAAAAAUAUAAAGCAGGCACGUGACGUAAUGCUAAUGCAUUUAACAAAAUCUUAUUUUUAUUUUUUUAAAUGAAGACUGAACGAAUAUAUACUAUGACCUAUCAUGUGUACAUAUGUACAU